AUGAGCUGGAGUUUCCUCACUCGUCUCCUGGAAGAAAUCCACAACCACUCCACCUUUGUGGGGAAGGUCUGGCUUACCGUGCUGAUAAUCUUUCGUAUAGUCUUGACUGCAGUGGGUGGCGAGUCUAUAUAUUCCGAUGAACAAACCAAAUUCACCUGCAACACCAAACAACCGGGCUGUGACAACGUUUGCUAUGACGCCUUUGCCCCCCUCUCCCACGUCCGCUUCUGGGUUUUCCAAAUUAUUAUGAUCUCUACGCCAUCCGUCAUGUACAUGGGAUACGCUAUUCACAAGAUCGCUCGGACCUCGGAAGAAGAACGCCGCAAAAGGCAAAGAACAGAGCAGCGUAAGAAGAUACCUCCCCAUUCAAGAUGGAGAGAUGAUGAACAUAUAGAGGAGGUUAUGGAGGAACACGUUGACAGUGAGGCCGAACCAAUGAUUUUUGAGGAUGCCCUUGAGAUGAAAGACUUGAGGCCUGAGUCUACAACUGGCAAAGUGCAAGCCAAGUAUGAUGGCCGCCGGAGGAUUGUUCAAGAAGGCCUUAUGAGAAUUUACAUCCUUCAGCUCACGUCAAGAGCUGUUUUUGAGGUUGCAUUUUUAGCUGGACAGUACCUCCUUUAUGGCUUCAAAGUUAGUCCUUCAUAUGUUUGCAACAGGAUCCCAUGCCCACACCGCGUUGACUGCUUUAUCUCACGACCUACUGAAAAAACCAUCUUCCUUCUUAUCAUGUAUAUUGUAAGCUGCCUUUGUCUCAUCCUGAACGUGUGCGAGAUGCUACACAUAGCAAUUGGCGCGUUCCGAGAUUCCAUACGCCAUCGGAAAAGUCGAGGAACCUUAACUCCGUACCGCUACCCGUUCUCCCGAAACAUCACCUCAGCUCCUCCAGGAUACAACCUCGUCAUUAAGUCAGACAAACCUGGACAGAUUCCUAACAGCAUCAUUCCACACGAGCAAAACAUGGCUAACUCUGCCCAAGAACAGCACUGCGGGAGUCCAGAUGAAAACAUACCGUCUGAUUUGACAAGCCUCCAUCGGCAUUUGCGAGUGGCUCAGGAGCAGCUUGACAUGGCGUUUCAAACUUAUCAGACCAAAAAUACACAGCAAACAUCAGGGUCCAGCAGUCCUGUGUCUGGAGGGACGAUCGCAGAGCAAAACCGUGUCAAUAUGGAGAAGCAAGGAGCAAGGCCUAAAUUAGCAGACAAGACAGCUGGGAAAAAUGGAAAGACAUCAGUAUGGAUUUAG